GUGCUGGUGUUCGUGCACUCCAGGAAGGAGACUGGGAAGACUGCCCGGGCCAUCAGGGACAUGUGCCUGGAGAAGGACACCCUGGGGCUCUUCCUGAGGGAGGGCUCAGCCUCCACCGAGGUCCUCAGGACAGAAGCCGAGCAGUGCAAGAACCUGGAGCUGAAGGAUCUCCUGCCCUACGGCUUCGCCAUCCACCACGCGGGGAUGACCCGGGUGGACCGCACGCUGGUGGAAGAUCUCUUUGCUGACAAGCACAUCCAGGUGCUGGUCUCCACAGCCACGCUGGCCUGGGGGGUGAACCUCCCUGCUCACACUGUCAUCAUCAAGGGAACACAGGUUUACAGCCCUGAGAAGGGCCGUUGGACCGAGCUGGGCGCCCUUGACAUCCUGCAGAUGCUGGGUCGUGCUGGGAGGCCUCAGUAUGACACCAAAGGUGAGGGGAUCCUCAUCACCUCCCACGGUGAGCUCCAGUACUACCUGUCCCUGCUCAACCAGCAGCUCCCCAUCGAAAGCCAGAUGGUGUCAAAGCUCCCAGACAUGCUGAAUGCAGAGGCUGUGCUUGGCAACGUCCAGAAUGCAAAGGAUGCAGUGAACUGGUUGGGCUACACCUACCUGUACAUCCGCAUGCUGCGUUCCCCCACCCUCUAUGGGAUCUCCCACGAGGACCUGAAGGGGGAUCCCCUGCUGGAGCAGCGCCGCCUGGACCUGGUGCACACCGCAGCCCUCAUGCUGGACAAGAACAACCUGGUCAAGUACGACAAGAAAACUGGGAAUUUCCAGGUGAGACAGGGCCUGGGGAGGUGCCAGGAGCAAGGGGAGAGGG